AUGGCCCCAAUGAAGCCGCAAAAGUCGAAACCGAGCGCCAAAGGCUCGAGUGCCAAAGACGCAAAGCCCUCUAAGCAUGCGAAGCCGAAGACCCACACAUCGAUUGGUACGGCCAAGGUCGAUCCGAAAAAGAAGAAGAAGCAGCGGACCUAUACCGAGGCGGAGCUGGGGAUCCCGACGCUGAACAUGAUCACUCCGGCUGGCGUACAGAAGCCCAAGGGCAAGAAGAAGGGCAAGGUUUUUGUGGAUGAUCAGGAGAGCAUGAUGACUAUUCUCGCCAUGGUCAACGCCGAGAAAGAGGGCCAGAUCGAGUCGAAGAUGAUGAAGGCAAGGCAGAUGGAGGAGAUACGUGAGGCAAGGAAGAAGGAGGCAGAGGUUCGCUCCGACAAGAAGCGCGAGAAAUUUGAGGAGACAAAGGACUCGCUGCGGAAGAAGCGCAAAUCCAAGCCGGACUCUUUCGCAGAGAAGAAAGAAGAAACCAUAUCUACAAAGCCUGCCAAGCCAAGCAAGAAGAGGGUUUCCUUCGGCUGA